ACGAAAUCGACCAAGCAACCUGAAGAAAUUUCACUAUGAGCAAUAGCCCUGUAUCCGGAAAACAUGUCGAUGAGGCUGAUAGAUAUGCCCUCCCAAGGAACGAGGUGGAACGAGCAAGGCUCGAUAGCCAACACGCCCGCUUGACGGAAAUUCUCGGCGGGCGACUCAUCCUAGACGAUAGUGUCCAACUUAAGCCUGGAGAUCGAGUUCUAGACUCUGGAACUGGCGCAGCUUCUUGGAUCAUUGAUCUUUCAAACCACAUUCCAAAGACUGUCGGGCUUAUCGGUAUCGAUAUCUCCACGGCGAUGUUUCCAAAGGAUCUUCCAAGCAAUGUAAACCUUAUGGAAAUGUCCUCCACGAGCCUUCCCGCGGAAUGGUCCAAUUCAUUCACACUCGUUAGCCAACGGCUGUUAAUGUCUGCAUUCACUGCUUCCCUUUGGAGAACGGCCCUUGCGGAACUGAUUCGAGUACUCAAACCUGGGGGAACUAUCCAGCUGAUGGAAUCCGGGAAAUACGAUUCGUUGCACAUAUCGCCCAAGAACCUUACAGCACUCAAGAAGGCAACAGACAUAGCACUCGCUAUUUCAAAUCUUCGAGGAGUACUUAGCAUAGCAUGUGUAGAGGAGCUCCCUACUAUGCUUUCCGAAGUUGGGUUUUCGGAGGUGCAGAUCCAGAACUUCCGUUCUCCACUCGGCGAACAGUGGGGUGAUCUUGGAGCUAUGAAUUCAAGGAACUUCGAGGUUCUCUUGCGUGGAUUCGGGGCUAUGCUAAUGGCGGAGGGUGGACUUGGAGUUUGUCAAUCACAAGCAGAAGUUGAUGAAACGAUUGAACUUGCAAAGAAAGAGUGGGAUGGAACGCCGGGAGUGUUUAUCCAUUUUGCCGUUUUCACCGCAAGAAAGCCUUUGUAA